AUGAACGAAAACGACAUGAAAGAGUUUGCCGAAUUAGGCGUUAAAACGUGGCUUAUUAAACAACUUUUUACUCUUGGUAUAAGAACUCCAACACCUAUUCAAAAAGGCUGUAUUCCAAAUAUUCUUGCUGGUGAUGACUGCAUUGGAGCUGCAAAAACUGGCUCAGGGAAAACUUUUGCAUUUGCACUACCAAUCCUACAGCACUUAGCUGAAGAUCCAUAUGGAAUUUUUGCAUUGGUGCUUACUCCCACUCAUGAAUUGGCAUACCAGAUAGCAGAUCAAUUCAGUAUACUAGGCAAACCUCUCAACCUAAGAGUGUGCAUUGUAACAGGAGGAUCAGAUCAAAUGGAAGAGUCAUUAAAGCUCGCUAAGAAGCCGCAUGUUGUGGUAGCUAUGCCAGGGAGGCUAGCAGAUCACAUUACUGGAUGUGACACUUUUAGUUUAAAGAAGAUCAAAUACUUGGUUUUGGACGAAGCUGACAGACUUUUCAGUGAAUCAUUUAAAGAGGAUCUGGAAACUAUAUUUAGUGUAUUACCUCAAAAAAGACAGAACCUACUAUUUUCUGCAACUAUUACAGAGGAUGUGAAAGAAUCAAAAUUACUUCAAUUGAAUAAGGAUAACCUCACUACCUGGUCAGAGACCGAUACCCAGCUUACCGUCACAACCUUGGACCAACGAUACGUUGUGUGCCCGGCGUAUGCACGCGAUGUGUACCUGGUCCAGACUCUACGUAAAUACCGAGAGACCAAACCGAGUGCUCAUGUUAUAGUUUUCACCGAUACUAAGAAGGAGUGCCAAGUGCUGUCGAUGAUGCUAAACGCCAUCGGCAUGGACAACGUGUGCCUGCACGGGUUCAUGCGGCAGCGCGAGCGUGCCGCAGCCCUGGCGCAGUUCCGCAGCAACCUCAAGUGCACGCUGCUCGCCACUAACGUGGCCGCAAGGGGCCUGGACAUACCCUCAGUGCACCUGGUAAUCAACCACAAGCUGCCCCUCGAGCCCAAGGAAUACAUACACAGGGUGGGAAGAACAGCAAGAGCUGGGAGAACCGGUAUGGCGAUAUCUUUGAUUACUCCAUACGAUAUCCUGCGGCUUGGUGAAAUUGAGGACCAGAUAAAAACAAAGCUCAGUGAAUACAAGAUUGAUGACGAUGAAGCAGUGAAAGUGUUUACGACGGUGAGCGUGACGCGACGCGAGCAAGAAGCUCAACUCGACAACGAGGAAUUUGAGCAGCGCAAGAAGAACUACCGGAUCAAGCGCUGGAUCAUGGCCGGCGUCGACCCGGAUCUCAUGGAGCAGGGAUUGGAAGAAAUGCGUCGUAAGAAAAUAAAAGCAGCCAAAAAAGCGAAGCUCGCCAAAAUAAAGCAAAUUCAAGCAGAAAUUAAGAAUACAAAAGAAGAUGCGUUAGAUGACAGUCGGUUACAACCUCCCUCAACUGAAAACAUUGACGACUCCAUCAAAGAAGGAUUGAAGAAAGUGAACAAGACAUUGAUGAAGAAAGACGACAGGUUUAAGAACGUCAUAGGAAAGAUAAGUAAAAUUAAGCGUAAAGCGGAGAACGUGAAUCAGAAGAGCGUAGAAGAGAAUGAGAUGAAGAAGAAGAAAAAGAAAAAACUAAUUAGUGCUAAAUAA